ACCUGCCAUCAAAAUGAUAAAAAAAAAAAAAACCCAGGUCUGCGAACGAGGGGGGAGAGAAGGCGGAGACCGACAACCUUAAGAUGAGAUCUUAAGAUGAGAUGAAAGCCAUUCUGAGAAGAGUUUCAGCCAUGGGCUCUCCUCCCAGCCCGAAGAACAGCAGCAAUCCGGUCCCCAAUCUGAUCGUGUCCGGAAGCCAGAGGCUCAAUAACCUGGUCCAGCAGCUCCGCCUCUACAAGCCCCCUCCCUCCCCGGCCGACACCGACGACGACGACGCCGUGGACGCGCGGGGAAAGGUCUUCUCCGGGAUGGGGCUGGCCGAGUCCGCCGUGCCGCCCGCCCUCCAUCGGUCCGAGCGGUUCCAGCCCAAGAGGGCCUCCGUCCUCGUGUGCCUCUUCGAGGGCGACCGCGGCGAUCUCCGCGUCAUCCUCACCAAGCGCUCCUCCAACCUCUCCACCCACUCAGGUGAAGUGUCGUUGCCGGGGGGGAAGGCGGAGGAGGGCGACGCGGACGAUCGCGAGACGGCCAUGAGGGAGGCCAAAGAAGAGAUAGGGCUGGAUCCAUCCCUCGUUACGGUCGUCACCGUUCUUGAACCCUUCUUGUCCAAGCAUCUUCUCAGCGUUGUUCCUGUUAUCGGCAUACUUCCUGAUAAGCAAGCAUUCAAACCUGUUGCAAACACAGCUGAAGUGGAAGAGAUAUUUGAUGCACCCCUGGAGAUGUUCUUGAAGGAUGAGAAUCGGCGGUCAGAGGAACGAGAAUGGUUGGGGGUUAAGUAUUUGGUCCAUUUCUUUGAUUUUCAUACAGAGAAUCAGAAAUUUAUGAUAUGGGGUUUAACUGCGAGCAUCUUAAUUCGUGCUGCAUCAGUUGUAUUUCAGCGACCACCUUCCUUCUCCGAGCAAUAUCCUAGAUUUAAGAUCUAACCUUUUUCGGGGUAAAGCUCAAAAUAAUUUUCUGUCUUGAAAUAUAUAAGUGCUCAUUGAUAAAUAGAAGAAUGUACAAGGUAACGUGGAUAUUCAGGUUGUUUUAUUUCAGUCUGCAAGCUGGAAGAAGUAGCUGGGAAAUGUUAUAUAUAUACGUACACUGCCCCUCGUUUGUA